CGAAUGGUUUCGGCUGCAAUUGGAUAAAGCAGGAUGGAGAGGCGGGUUUUCGGGAGAGAAUGUUGUGGCAAGCUCUGGAAGAUUCCUCCGCCCGCCAUAUAAACUUAGAAAGGAAAGCGCCUCCUCCUCCUAAAUUACAGCUUGGGGAGACAAGCGAGAGGGGUAGGUGGCCGGCUACUGAGGGAGUUGCGAAGGGCGAUGGGGAAAGAUUAUUAUCGUAUCCUGGGCCUGGCCCGCGGGGCUAGCGAAGAUGACAUUAAGAAGGCAUAUCGUAAGCAGGCGCUGCGCUACCAUCCCGACAAGAAUAAAGAUCCAGGAGCCGAGGAGCGCUUCAAAGAAAUCGCCGAGGCUUACGACGUGUUGAGCGACCCAAAAAAGCGCGAGAUUUUCGACAAGUUCGGCGAGGAAGGAUUAAAAGGUGGUGGUCCCAGUUGUAGUGGAGGAGGUCCUAAUGGUACUUCAUUCACUUACACCUUCCAUGGAGAUCCUCAUGCCAUGUUUGCGGAGUUCUUCGGUGGACGGAAUCCUUUUGAUACCUUUUUUGUUCAGAGGAACGGAGAUGAGGACAUGGACGUUGAUGAUCCUUUUUCAACUUUUCAAAACUUUGGCAAUAUUGGUUUUACUCGUAGUCGUGGAGGACAUGAAAACAUCCGCAAGAAACAAGAUCCUCCAAUCAUCCAUGAGUUGAGGGUGUCGUUGGAGGAAAUUUACACAGGUUGCACCAAGAAAAUGAAAAUUUCACACAAGCGGCUCAAUCCAGAUGGGAAAAGCACACGCAGUGAGGAUAAGAUUUUAACAAUAGAAGUAAAACGAGGGUGGAAAGAAGGAACUAAGAUCACAUUCCCCAAAGAAGGAGACCAAACACCAACCAACAUUCCAGCUGAUAUUGUUUUUGUUCUAAAGGACAAGCCACACAACACUUUUAACAGAGAUGGGUCUGAUAUUGUGUACCCAGCUAAGAUCAGCCUCCGUGAGGCUUUGUGUGGCUGCACUGUGAAUACACCAACUUUAGAUGGCAGAACCAUACCAAUGAUAUUCAAAGAUGUCAUUAAACCUGGCAUGAAGAGAAGAAUUCCUGGAGAAGGCCUUCCAUUUCCCAAGAAUCCAAAUCAGCGAGGGGAUCUUAUUAUUGAAUUUGAUGUAAGAUUCCCAGACAGAAUUCCACAGUCUUCCAAAAGCGUCCUAGAACAGAUCUUGCCAAUAUAAUAAGACUGGCACCGACUUGACUGCACUACCUCUAUUAUGGAGGAUUACAGACUGGAAUCAAGAUUUCAGGGUCUGUUUUGGCAGUGGACUUGAGAGUAACUUUAUGCUACAAAAAGUUUCAUUGGAAAAAGAGAGUACUGCACUGCUAAAUGACUUUAGACUCAGACUGCCUUUGCUCAUAGCAUUUAUAACCAGGAGCAUUUGCUGAAAGCAACAGGAAAACAUCUCAAAAAUUUGUAUCUGAGGAUGGCGACCAGUAAUGAUUUCUGCAUCUAUUUGACAAGCCGUAGUCCGGCCAUGCCAAUGCAGAUUUUCAUUACAAAAAAAAGAGACUAAAAUCUAAACUGGACUUCAGAAGUAAACAUCUUCAAUCUCUUGUCUAUGUUGUAUUGUCUUUGUCUUUUACAUUAUUUCCUGAAGGGGGAUAGGCUAUUUUAGUAAAUAUUCAGAUUUCCAGCUUCCGUGAUAUACCUAUGGUACGCCUUAAAUAGUACCAAAUGCUGACACUCUGAAAAGUUGUUUAUAUAGCCAUAAAAAUGAUUUGCCUCUUUCAGAAAGUUGAAUAGAAUAGGGCUUUUUCUGAUACCAGGUAGCUCUUGAAUGCAUGCAAAAAAAUUACAGGAAACCAUCUGAUCUGAUUUACAGACUUGCCAGAUAUUUUUUUUCCUGUAGAGACAUAUUUAUAUGUCCUGCUGGAGGACGGUCUAAAAGAAUUGAAUGUAUCAAGUCAAAUUUACAGUUGAAAAUUCUAAUAAAAAGACUUUGGAGUCUUGCUUAUUGAUA